AUGGAUAAGACUCCAAACUCUACAGAAGAAGCUCUAACAGGGAAGCUUCAAGAGAUUUUAGAUGAAUUUGACAAAGAAGAAAUUGAAAAGUUUUGUUUUCAAGAAGAAAAGGUAGAAGAGAUGGUGCAAGAGUUGUACAAAGAGAUAACAAUUUCUAUUAACCAUGAAAUAUCAAGUUCUCCUAUUUUUAUCCAUGAUGCCAAGAAUGAGAGCUGUGGAGUCUUGGUUUCAGGCUCAAAAGCAUCUACCAUGGCAGGGAUUGAGGUGGUUAGUUCCACAAGUAGGUUUCCAGUGAACAAAAAUAGGUUAGUGGAAGUGGUGGCUAUGGAUAAAGAGGAUAAUAGCAAAUCAUUGUUUAAGUUUAGAAAUGAGAAGAAUGAGAGGAAAAAAAACUUGUUUAAUGAUGAGGAUCAUUUAGAUUGUGAAUGGGUUGGACGAAUCCUUCAAAACUGGUGGUUUUGA